AUGGCCCUUCUCGUGAGCGAUCCAGACGUGUUCGAGCAGAUUGUGCAUCACAUCUUCCUGCCGCCACAACUACCGCAAGAGAGGAGCCAUGCUUGCAUCGACGCCGCGAUCUUCCGCGUCACCUCCGCCGCCCUGGCCGAGUUCGAAAUGAGCCUUCAAACGCAGGAUUCUAUGAGACCGGCCGUCUCCAGAGCUCGCACUACGCUCAUGGCCGCGAUCGAUUGUCACAGCUCCACCGAUGGAGGCAUUAGCGAGUUUGUGCUGCGUGAUCGGAUGGAGCGCCUGGAAGUCGGCGGAACGAUUAUACUGCAGAUUCGCGCUCAGAACGCUGGCCUGAUCUUCACCAGGCAGCCCCAGUGCGUUCGUUUCGAGGUGUUCGAGCUGGCGCCUCAGAAUCAGGAGGUAAUUGCCGCAAAAGGCCGUCUUAUCCGACAGUUUCCUGGGUUUGCGCUUGAUGUUCCAUCUACGACCUACGACGAUGCCUAUUUCCGUGCAACUCUGGCGCAGACCCUCGCUACUAUGAGCGGUCAGUCUGCUCCCGGUGUUCAACCUCAAAUUCUCAAGGCUGGCAGAUUUGUUGACGAGGAGCGUGACACGACACAUCCAGCCAUGGUCACGGAAUUUCUAAUGGGGUUUCUGAUGGCCCAUGGCCGUGCCGUUGACAGCAUCAUCACGGUCACCAAGAACACUCGCGACGAUGUCUUGUUCAAAGAGAGCGAGAUGCCGUGGAGGCGAUCGCCGGCGUACUUGUUGAUCCGAGUUUCCUUGCACCUGUUAUUCACCCGCCACUUAAAAGGAAGCGACACAUUGUACAAAGCAUUCAUGGCUUUCUUCAUGGCAAAAUUGUUGCAAAACGCACAACGCCUGGGCAUUUCGACAGACCUCCAGUACGCAAUGAGCGCCAAGGUCGCUCGCAGAUUGCAGAAGCAGACUAACUCUGGCAAAGGCAUGCCGGACCAUGUACGUAAACUUCUCCACGAUGUCCAGGACGACUGCAGCACCGCCAUUUCGAGAGCAUGGGUCGACUUGCAGUAUCAUGAAUACAAUCCAUGUCGAACGCUGUCGAGUCUGGCGCAAUUGCAAUUCUCCAACGACAGCGUGAUCGACUUGCCUCUUCUCGAUGACUGGCUUGCCGCUCGUCCCUUUCGACAAAGUACAAACUUGAGCUCUCCGAACCAGUUGUCCUCUGAGCUGCACUUGCACGCGCAGCUGCGUUUUCCCAGUCUCCAGCAGAAGCUCUCGGAGGAAUACAGAAUCGCGAAUUUGCACUCCUUUGAAGAUUGGUGCGCCCAGAGCCUGCGAGCUUCCGUCACAGCGCACGAUAUUGAUACAGUAUGCCACCAGGUCUAUAGCUUGAUCGUGAGGUACCAUCAGCACGCGACAUCACAGUAUGAAGCCGCCUCAGGCGCGCCGCCUCGUCCAAAUAAUCCAGAAGAAUCAUCGAGCAUGAUAUUAAUUAUCCUGGAGCUGUGGCAAGCCAUGGACAAGCAAGCGGUGGAGAACUGCUCCUUGCUUGCAGAGUACGAUCCGCAGAUACCGGUCGCAUUGUUUCAGAAUCUGCUUUUGCCCACGCGUGACCAAAUGGUAAGGCUGGAACGCCUGGAAGUGUACCUUCACACUCGGCAGACUCGUGCCCGAGAAAGAUUGUCGAGCGAUCUGUUCGGCGAUGCUAAAGAUAAUGACUGUUUCGCUGUGCGCUACUUUGAGCAGGAUGAUGCUAUGCAGGCGCUCUUCGAGGACAUCACUGCCCGUGGCAGAGAAGGCAGAGAAGCAAAAAUCAAGGAGCUCUACGCAAAUUACGAGCGGUAUGAGAAGCUAGAAAAUGAGAUCGCGGGCAUGGAGUGCAGCUUCUUUACAGUAGAGAUCGAGGCAACGUCUCGGAUUGGCGUGCAAUCACUGCGCCGACAUGACGAUAGAAGGUGCGAGAAGUGCGCGAAAAUUCACGACAGAGACGCAAUGAGAAUUAGCGUCCAUGAGUGGCCAUUGCCAUCGCGCCAAGAGCAGGCGAAGGCCGUUGUGUUUGAGCUUUGCAUACCGCGAUGGUAUGCAGAUUGGCGGGACUGCACAGCUUAUUUGCUACAGGACGUUCUCCAGCUCAACAACAAAGGAGCCGACCGCCCUAAGAAUCAGUACGCUCUCGAUAAGGACCCACACGUUGGGCAGAACUAUCACUCUGAAGGACAGCGUAUCAUACUCUGGACAAAGAACAAGACGCAUGUCAAGACUCAUCGAAGAACGCGAUAUGUUUCGACGGCGGUCGAAAAGGACGUAUGUGUGGACAAUGCCACUUUUUACCAAUACCUCGAUACUGAGUCCAAGCAGUUCGUGGGACGAUACGAGUCGCACAAGAAGGCGGAGGUAGCAUGCACGUACCUUUUGCCACAACACACUCGAGAAUUGCAACCAUUUCUUUUUCGACCAGCGGAUGCACCUGAUGGCCCUUCACCAAAUAUGAUCAUUGCGAGUCAAUCGCUGUGCCCAUCCGAUGGCAUGACGGUCGAUGAGUUCAAAGAGAUGUGUAGUAUUCCGGGGGGCACCGCCGUUCAGUGGUACAACAUCGCCCUCCAACUCGCUUCCCCGACUGUCGAUCUCAAGAAGGAGGAGACAGUAUUGGUGUUCCUGCAGUGCAUCUAUCAAGCCGGCCCGAAUCAGGAUGAAGGCAGUGCUGGGACGAAUGGGGUGUCUCGCGCUUCUCACGCUGUGCUCAACCACACAGACCUCGCACGAACACUCCUUGAAUGCCUUGAGGCCUCACUUGAGAAGAUCAAAAGAAACUGGGAAAGCAUGCACGCGCUGGUGGUGUUCACCGCGAUUGCCAGCCGGCUGCUGACGAUGAACGCUGAAGUGCAGCUUGACUGCCUGAGUUUCUUGCAGAAGGUUCGUGAGACUGCAUUCUUUUGGCUACAAGAUGUGCACGAGAGGGCCCAAGCAGCUGAGGAUCAUGUUGUCCGAACUCAAUUCCUGUCGAAAGGCAUCGACAUCGCCUUGAUUUGCGGCAUGACUUUUGACGUUGAUCGCACUCAUUUGACCGGGGUCUUAGCUGAAGACGACAAUGUCUGGAUCCUGCUUCGGUGUGCCAUGGCCAUAGCCGAGCGUGCAAAGGCGAAGCAUCACCCCAUCAUCCGGGGCGCUAUCAGCCAUACUGGCCUCGAUCGAGCUGUAAAGAACGUCUGGUCAGGAUACCCAGUUGAAGGUUCCGUAUGGCGCGCCUUGGAAGUGGACUACUGGUUGCAGACGACUAUAUUCGCAAGGUGUAGCACAGAGCCUGCGACAGUCCAGUUCAAUCUCCUCACCGGAGAACUAUUGGUCGAUGGACUCCAGCACAAGACACCGCCCCUUGUAUACGAGAGGCACAGCACUUACAAGGCUCUGUUUGGUGAUUCAUCCGUCGAAGUCAUGCCGUCCAAAAUCAAACCUGCGAGCUUUGCGACAAAAGGGACGUAUGGUGGGUACAGUGUUCAUAUCGGCAUAACCAAGAAGGAUCCCCUGAUCCGCCGCGAUUUAGUUGUCAUAGCCGUGGAAGAAGCUACACGGACAGGCGACGCCAGAGUGUUCGAGAUUGUCCCGAGUCGACUCCUGCGCGAGUGUUUGCCAGAACGCUUCGUGACCGGCCAUGUCCAUUGGUACGAUACGCAGAGUGGCUCGCUGCAGUUUCGGUCCAUCACAGCCCCGUGGGACGCCAUGUCCCCUUCUAAUUGGACGCUGGUGAGGUCCGACGUUGAUACAGGGUGGCAUUUGCAACGGGGAGAGACCUACUUACUGGGCUCCCGUUGCCAAACUUCCGUACAAAUUGCCCAGGCAUUGUCUCCGCUUGUACAUUCUUCCAGGAUUGAAAUCGUUCUUCAGGCCGACCAGAAAUCGCUUGAGGUUGAAAUACCGACAGCUCGGCUUGGCUUCACGUUGCAGUCAGGACAGGAUACUCUACGCUCCAAAGAGUACCGAGGCAUGAUUGUUGACCGGAAUCAGUCUGCUGGGACACUGAUCGGGCUGUCCAACAAGCUGCUCCUUCGUCCGUUGAAGAAAGCGAACCGGCUCAUCUUGAUACCUGAUGGAGAUGUGUCGUAUAAGCGGUGUGCGAAUCACGUCAACGUCAACAUAGAGCAACAGGAAGCCGAUGGUGUCGUUGACAUUCAUUCCUUUGAGAUCGAUCUGCGACUCGGCCGCCUUGUUGACAACGGCAGCCUGCAAAGCAAGCUGUUCAUCGCUUUUCUGCACGCAGUAACCUCUUUUGCACUGCCUGACCCGCUGACGAAAAGGACUGGCACUGAGCAAGCCUUGUCAGUCCUUCGAUCCGCGGCAAUGCGUUCGUUUGAGGAGCUUUCAGCCCCUAACAUUGAUAUGCUCAUGAAAAUUGCUGCACUGAGCCCCGCUCGAUUCUACUACCCUCCUGAUGCCAAGGUCAUGCAGUCUGUCCGUUGGGAUGACCAACUCAGCUUCAUGGCCCAGCACGGCGACUUCUACAGCGCUGUAGGAGCCAUUCUACGGCAAGCCGCCGCGCUUAGAAUCUUUUACCCAGGCUCGAAUAUCUGUAUACCAUCCCUGACACACAUCGAGAAAGACUUGCAUCAUCGAGACAUGAUUCGCACCGCAGUCUUCCGGGUAGCCGAAUAUGGCGCGGAACACUUUACUACUGUGGAAGACGUGAAAUACCAGUCUCGAGAUCGAGGCCAAGGUUCCCCAUCUGCCACAAAGGCAUGCGUUAUGUCGCGUCUUAUUGUCUCCAACUCCGACAAGCUUCAUUGGAGAUUACCCGAAAAAGGUCAUCUCUGGAAACAGGUAAUGGAUCUGAAGACCCUCUACGGAGCCGCACGACCUUUGCAGGUGGACAGAAUGGCGUUCGAUGCACGUUUGAUGCAGGGGAACAAGACUGAUGUCAAUCGGCCUGCGCUAAUGAUGUGGCUCUCAACAAUGGCACUGUCGCCAGACGCAGACAUGGCUUUGUUGCAGGUGGUGGCAAUGUUUCUCACAGCGCAAUCAUUGCGAGCUGUGGUUCCGCCCGCAGCGAAGUCUUUCUGUCCUGCAGAAGGGCAGGACAUAACGUUGGAAGAACUACAGUCAAAUAUUGCAGAUGCAGCCGUUUCCUACAAGCAUAGUCCGGACGCCAAAACACAAUUUUUGCGGGCACCAUAUGGAAAUCGUGUGAACGGUAUGCUCGAGAUGCGCCGGAACAACCAAGCUCUGCAACGAUAUCUUGAUGACUUGCAAGUCGCCGUGUCCAGCCUAUCGAGCCAACCCAUUUCAGUGCCGAAUAUGGCUAUUUCCCACGGGCUUAGAGCACCGUCAAUACCAGGACACGCCACUGUUGAGCAUGUCUUUGCCGACUUCGUGCCGCAGGCAUUGCGAGACGACAGGUUCCCCAGGCUCGCAACACAGACGUACACUUCUAAGACGGGUGCCACGUCUGAAGAUGCAUGUCCCAAUCUGAGAGCUGUAGUAAAUGUUCUGGAGGAAGAGACCGCCAACCAGGAGUUGUUCAAGAAGACCUACGUGGAGGGCCUUCGUGGCAGUAUGAACGCUCUACAAUUGAAGCGUCGUAUCGACGAUAUUGUACAACCCACCUUGGCUGAGCUCAAUGAGCACCUUUCACGUUGCGAGGAGUUCUUGAAGCUCAUUUUCGCGAAUUUGGUCACUGCGUCACGAACUCAGCUGGAGAAGCAAUCUGGAGGCCGCGAAGAUCUUCACUGGCCUCGACCAUCUCCAUCUCUCUUUCUUGCGCAGCUGAACCGUGAUCGAUGGCAGGCGCUCCCCAGCCAGUGGAAGAAGCCGAUUGUCCAAUAUGGCAUAGCGAUUACCGCCGUGCAGCGAGCAGAACGGCUUCUCAACGCUGAAGCCUCGAAAAACUUGGACGAUAUGCAACGCGAACUCUCCGAGGUUGGACAUACCAACUGGGACCCCCUCGCCCAGCCAGAGACUCUGCUGCUUGAGGUUGAAGGAGCCAUCAUGGUGCGAGAUGUUCAGGAGGACAUUGCCAGGGAGAUGAGGAGUCCCAGCAGCAGGGGUAAUCAGGUCGUCCAACUGAAUAUGGGAGAGGGCAAAUCAUCUGUCAUCGUUCCAAUGGUGGCUGCAGCUCUGGGGAAUGGCAAGCAAUUGGUUCGUGUGAUUGUUGCGAAACCACAGUCCAAGCAAAUGGCACAGAUGCUCGUUUCGAAGCUGGGCGGUUUGGUGAAUCGGCGCAUUUACUUUAUGCCAUACUCUCGCGCAUUGAGACUCACAAGAUCAUCUGCUGAGGCCAUCGAUGAGCUAUGCCGAGAGUGCAUGAAGAUGGGCGGUAUUCUCCUUCUCCAACCUGAGCACAUCCUUUCUUUCAAACUGACCGGCCCCGAGAGCGUUCUAGCUGGCAACAAAGACGCCGGCGCGAGUUUUCUUCGAACGCAGGAACUCUUCGAUAAAUUCUCCCGGGACAUCGUGGAUGAGAGUGACGAAAAUUUCAAUGUCAAAUUUGAACUUGUCUAUACGCUGGGCAUUCGGAGACAGGUUGACUUCGCUCCCGCCCGUUGGGGUUUUGUCCAACACUUUCUAGCGCUGGUCAAAGUGCAUGCUCAAGCAUUGGCUGAGCAGGAUGCAAAGACCAUGGAGUUCAAUACUCGCGGUGAAGGAGGCUUCCCGCGAAUACGCAUACUGCAGGAAGAGGUUGCCCGGGAGCUCGUGUAUCGCAUUGCAAAGGAUGUGACAGAAUUCGGCUUGCUAGGGCUGCCUACCUCGUCACAAUCAGAUACAGUUCGAGCCAGCUUGUUCAAGUACAUCACGACACCCGAUCUGACCCCUGAACAAACAGCCGCGGUCGAGACAUCGGCAUUCUGGACUGCGAACACGAAGCAGGCACUUCUCCUCACUCGUGGUUUACUAGCUGGUGGAAUCUUGCAGUUCAUUUUCUGUCUCAAGAGAUGGCGAGUGACCUACGGUCUGACCACUCGAAGUCCCGCAACAAGGCUUGCAGUGCCCUACCGCGCAAAGGACAGCCCCUCGCCGCGUUCCGAGUUCAGUCAUCCGGAUGUUGUGAUUCUGCUGACCUCGCUGUCAUACUACUACGGUGGCCUACCAGAUGAGGACUUAUUCACUGCACUCGGUCACCUGAUGACGUGCGAUCAAGCCGAUGCGGAGUACCUGACAUGGCUAUGGGAUGUCGACGUACCAGUGGAGUAUCGACAUCUCGCCGGCAUCAAUAUCAAGGAUCGCGUGCAUUGUAUUACGAAGGUCUUCCCGCAUCUUCGCUACUCGAAGGGUGCUAUCGACUACUGGCUCAGCCACGUUGUCUUCCCAAGAGAGAUGAAAGAAUAUCCACACAAGCUCUCUGCCUCUGGUUGCGAUCUAGGAAGGCUAAAGACGCUUCCCACUACUUGCUUUUCCGGAACGAACGACAGUCGCGCUCUGCUUCCGCUGGACGUGCGUCAGAUCGACAUACCAGAGCAAAUGCAUACCAAUGCGCUUGUCCUCGAAUAUCUCCUGCGAUUUGAAAACACAGUCGCGCUUAUGCCCAGCACUGCCGACGCCUCGGCUACAGAUGCGGAGCAAUUGCUGGAUAUGGUCAUGAAUCUGAGACCAGUGCCCCAGGUCAUUCUUGAUGUGGGUGCUUUCGUGCUGGAGCUCGACAACAAAAGCGUGGCUGCAUCUUGGCUCGCAAAGUAUCAUGCGAACGACAAGAGCGCUGCGGUGUUCUGCAACGACCAGGAUGAACUGUCGGUGAUUGAUCGCACAGGUCGAAUAGAGUUAUUGCAGACGUCUUCGUACAAGGAGAGAAUGGACAUGUGUAUUGUCUACCUAGACGAAGCGCACACUCGUGGCAUUGAUCUCAAGCUGCCAGUGCAUUGGCGAGCUGCGUGCACGCUCGGAGCUAACUUGAGCAAGGAUCGGCUGGUCCAGGCUUGCAUGCGGAUGAGGAAGCUCGGAAAGGGGCAGACGAUUGUCUUCUGUGUGCCUAACGAGAUCAAAGAGUCGAUAUUACGCGAUCGCGCAGACAACGAGACCAACGUGGAGAUCACGACCGCCUCUGUGGUCCGAUGGGUGAUUUUGCAGACUUGGACGGAGAUCAAACACUCAAUGGCUCUGUGGGUUGCGCAAAACCAUCGAUUCAACAUCCAAAAAGAGCUGUGGGACAAGAACACUGUUGAUGGUCAUUACCAGUUGAAUGAGACGAGCGCACGGGAGUUCCGCGAAGAAGAAGCUCGAACUCUGGACUUCCGCUAUCGCCCCAAACCGAGCAAAAAGGCACCGUUGGAGAUUCUGGCGAAGGAUACCAAGCAUCGCUCGCGUGCCAUCAUUGCACGAUGUGAGCUGUAUGGCAUGCUCUCCUUCAAUGCGCGUAAGCUUACGGAGGAGCAAGAGCGAGAGCUCUCGCCAGAAUGUGACGUGGAUGCGGAGCGUGUGGUCCAGAAGCCACCGGCGGCACAGGCAGCCCAAAACCACCUUCAUCGAGACAUUUUGUCAUUUGUCAUGACAGGUGAAGCCAAGCAGCACUCCUCGGCCUACGGUCCAGCGUUUCAUACGUUGUCAAACACAAGUCCUGCUUUGCACUUCGACGUCACGCAAUUCCAAGAUCAACGCAUGCUCGUAUCCACGGAUUUCUCUCGCACCAUUCUCGAUUCCGGAAAAGGAGCCCUCCACGACUCCUAUCAACGCUCUGUCCAGUGGGUUCUGACCGGACUGGGCAAGAGCGAUUCCACCGCCGAAUACAUCAUCAUCAUUUCUCCGUACGAAGCCCAGCAUCUCGUAGCGAGAGGCGCCCUUCUCCACUCGCGCGCUGCUCUCCAUCUCUAUCGUCCCCGCUACAACAUCCGCUAUCGUCCAAUGGAGAAACUCGACUUUUACCAGAUUUCCUCUCCAGCUCUCACCGUCCACGUACCUCUGAGCUUGUCCGUUCAGUUGGGCGUUUUUGCUGGCCAACUCUAUUGGAAUUCCUACGCUGAGUAUGUGGCUACCACCCGCUUUCUCGGUUUGCUCUCGAAGCCGGCUGAGCAGGGCCAGGAGGUUACGAUGGAUGGAUUUAUUCGAAACAAUGAGGUUGGUCUUGGCUCGAGUCCUGUCAAUUUCUUGAAAGUGUUUCUUUCCAAGAUUCGACGUGGGGGAGAUGAUAUUUCGAAAAGUCAUAUGGGGAUGCUGUUGGACGGGAAAGUGUUUCGGUCUGGGGAUUUUGAGUGAUGGCACGUCACAUCCUCGAAGGGUAUAGGGUAGUGGAAUGGAUACCUUAAGUGCGAUUGAGCAUGAGUCGGACGAAAAGAUGAGAGGAUGGAAUUGUAGAUAAACACACCGUGUGGGAGUAUUGGACGUGUUUUGUUUCGAGUAGGUAGUUUUCAAUUCUG